GUUCAGGGCUUUUCUUUCUGUAACCAGCUCCCUUGUGGAGGGUCGGUGGUCUCCGAGUAAAAGCAGCUCUUUCCAUCAACGGUAGGAUUUCGCUCCGUCCGGCCAGCCCGGAACCUCAAGUCGGAGCACCGUAUUUCCUGAUUGACUGCCUUGGCAAUCACUUCCGCUCAGGGGUUUGGAAUACCUGAGACCCUUCCGCGGCGAACAAGAAGAGAAACACUUCCGGUCUCUGUUGCUAAGGCACGGGCCCGGUGGGCCGUAGAGACGACAUUAUUGGUGUCGUCCUCUCCCCCCUUCCCGGGGGUCGAGAUGUCGGGGCUGAGCUGCUCAGAGAUGGAGGGCUGUCGUAACCUGCUCGGCCUACUGGACAACGAUGAGAUCAUGGCCCUAUGCGACACCGUCACCAACCGCCUGGUGCAGCCUGAGGACCGGCAAGAUGCCAUUCGUGCAAUUUUAGUGUAUAGUCAAAGUGUAGAAGAACUUCUGAAGCGUAGAAAAGUCCAUCGAGAUGUCAUAUUUAAGUACUUGGCAACACAGGGAGUUGUUAUACCUCCAGCUACUGAAAAACACAAUCUUAUUCAAUAUGCAAAAGAUUACUGGGAAAAGCAAUCACCACUGAAAUUGAAGGAAACACCAGAGCCAGUUAUGAAGACAGAGGACAUCCAACUCUUUCAACAGCCGGCAAAAGAAGAUAAAAAAGCUGAAAAGGUUGAUUUUCGUCGCCUGGGAGAAGAAUUCUGUCACUGGUUCUUUGAACUUCUUAAUUCUCAGAAUCCUUUUCUGGGACCACCUCAAGAUGAAUGGGGUCCACAACACUUCUGGCAUGAUGUCAAGCUUAGGUUUUAUUACAACACAUCAGAACAAAAUAUGAUAGACUACCAUGGAGCAGAAAUCGUGAGCCUUCGUUUGCUGUCACUAGUGAAGGAAGAAUUUCUUUUCCUCAGCCCCAACCUAGAUUCCCGUGGACUGAAAUGUGCUUCUUCUCCCCAUGGGCUAGUUAUGGUUGGAGUUGCCGGGACUGUCCACCGAGAAAACACAUGUUUGGGCAUUUUUGAACAAAUUUUUGGACUCAUUCGGUGCCCUUUUGAGAAUACUUGGAAAAUCAAAUUUAUCAACCUAAGAAUUGUUGGAGAGGGUUCCCUUGCUCCUGGAACAUUACCGAAACCAGCUAUUACAUUUGAACAAAGUGAUCUAGAGGCCUUUUAUAAUGUAAUCACAUUAUGUGGUACCAGUGAAGUACACCUUAAUGUAAAGCAGUCAUUGGAUAGUGGAACUGGAGACCAAGCUUUAUGUAGUGGAAAUGAGGCAUUGAUGAACAAAAGAGAACUGAGUUUACCUAACCUUCUAAGGCAUUGAGCUCUGUACGUUCGCCUAAAAGUCUUCUAUACAGAAACUCUUCUAAAUAUUAUAUCGAUAAUGUCUAAGUGUUUUCAGAUGUGAAGAUGGACAUAUUUUAGUUGAAAUACCUUUCUGGACUACAGACUGACAUGUAAAUAUUUGCCUAUUUCUACUUGAGUUGCACCAAAUGUUCUGAGGGCUUAAUGCAGUUCAUCAAAUAAAUCCCACUUUAGAUGUUACAGCUAACCAUGUGCCUUAGAAACCAGGUAAUAUUUUCACUUACGAAUAUUCUGCUAUUUUUUAUUCCCACUUUUCACGUGGGAAAAGAUUAAUAGUGUUUAAGACUUUCCCUCUUUAAGUUUCUCAUUUACUUUUAUCUGGAUAAUUGGAUAUUUUGCAAAUGCAUCUCACUACAGUAAUUUUUUUUUAAACUAUUAAAUAUUUUAGAGAUGUUUAAUGUAAACUCAGUUCUCAUUUUAGAAAACUUGAAUGACAUUCUUAUGCAAAAAGUCCAGUAAUAUACCAGGUGGAGAAAAAUUUAUCGCCUCUUUAAAUAUUUGAGGAACAUUUUUCAGUUAUCUGCUAUAGUACAAGCUAAGUAUCUUUUAUAGUCUGCAUCAUUUUUGGAACUAUUUUGGGCAGUGGUAAAUGCUGUUCUCAAAACAGACCUUAUUCUUACCUAGGCUUCAGCUAACAGUUUUAUAGAGCAUUUAUUGUAACAUCAUAUAAAGGAAAUAUAGUGUUGAAAUUUUAAAGGUGUACCCAAUUCCUGACUUUUAGAUCAAUUACUGUUCUUCAUCUUGAUUGAUCUUGGCAAAGGUGAACCAAAAAAAAAAAAAAAACCUUAACCCCCCAAAUUUAUAACAUGGGUAUUCAUACAUACAUAUGUAUACAUAUACCCCUACCUCAUAACUUAGAAUUAUUAGCAGUUUUUACCUCUAAUUUGUGUUACUAGGUUUGAGUUACAAGGUUGAGUUGCCACCUGCAUUACAUAGUUGCUUUAAAGUUUAAAUUCCUCAUCACCUAACAACUAUUUGCUGAUCCUGGAUUUAGUUAGUAAUUUUAUAAAAGGUACCAUUUGGAAAAAAAAAUUAUACUGGAAAAAUGCUGUGAUGAUGUAUUGUACAUGUUACUUUUUACGUAUAGUUCUUCUCAUAAUCAUCUAGGGAGACUGAUAAGAAUUUUGGAAGCAGGAGAAAAAACUAAUCUUUUUGUUUUUUUAAUGCCAUGCCUCUUAUGAGGAGUGCAAAUUGAUAUGUCCUAAAAUAAGAACUUAAUAAAGGAGGGAAAUCACUUUUGUCUGCUUUAAGAAUAGUGUAUUGUUUAGAUUUAAUUUACAGUUGUCUUGUUCUUAGAUAAAGUUUUAGGCAUUUAACCAAAAUAAAGCAAAUUUUACUGCUAGUUGGACUAUAAGUGUGAUAUAAUUAGAUAUAAAGAAAAUAGAAGUUUGCAAAAAGUUACCUCUUAUACUUUUGUAAGGUACUCGGUCAGGUCACCAGUCUUACCUUUACCUAUCCUAUAGCUCUGCUUGGGUUUUAAAACCAAGUUAUCUUUUUUUUCAUAAGCUGGAAUUAUCAUUAUAAUGUGUAAUAGAUAAAUAUCCUAAGGGUAAAAUUAAAACCAUUUCUGUC